AGUAAUUAGAGCGCUCCGGUUGCUGACUGAGAGGGGGCGCACGCGCCCCCAGGAGGGGCAUGCGGCGGCCACUGCGCGACUGGUUGCAUGUCACUCGGGUCGCGAUCGCCUCCGUGCCAACAUCUCUCCGCAAGAAUCCCGCCCUCCGCAGCUCUGAGAGCAAAGAUGAUGGAGUUGCCGCCGACGACGACUGAGUCCCUGUUGGUGCUGUUCGGACAGAACGAGACGCCGCCGACGCUGGCGGACGAGUGGGCGGGCUCGGGCAACAACUCGUCCGGCGACCUCGACCUGAUGGCCGAGAACCAGUUCAUCCUGCCGUGGUGGCGGCAGGUGCUGUGGUCGGUGCUGUACGCCAUGAUGGUGGUUGUGGCCACCGGCGGCAACGUCAUCGUCAUCUGGAUCGUGCUGGCGCACAAGCGCAUGCGAACCGUCACCAACUACUUCUUAGUCAACCUGUCCGUGGCCGACACCAUGGUCUCCACCCUGAACGUCACCUUCAACUACACCUACAUGCUCAACAGCCACUGGCCCUUUGGCACCGUCUACUGCAAAAUCACGCAGUUCGUCGCCGUGCUCUCCAUCUGCGCCAGCGUCUUCACCCUGAUGGCCAUCUCCUUUGACAGGUACAUGGCGAUCGUGAAUCCGCUGCGGCCACGCAUGGGCAAGAGGACGACCCUGUGCAUCACGGUGUUGAUCUGGCUGGUGGGCACCGUCCUGUCGCUGCCCUUCCUCAUCGUCUUCACGACCUUCGAGAUAAGCUUGACCGACGGCAGCACCAGGAUCGUCUGCUACGCCGAGUGGCCCGACGGUGACACCAACAACAGCGUCCUCGAGUACUGGUACAACGUGUUCUUCAUGUUCGUGACGUACGUGGUGCCGAUCGUGGUCAUGUCCAUCACGUACGCCAGGGUCGGCAUUGAGCUGUGGGGAAGCCAGAGCAUUGGCGAGUGUACGCAGCGCCAGAUGGAGAACAUCAAGUCAAAACGCCGGGUGGUAAAAAUGAUGAUGGCAGUGGUGGCAAUUUUCGUGGUGUGUUGGCUGCCGUUCCACGCGUAUUUCAUCGUGACAUCGCACUUGCCCGAGAUCACCACCGCCUCGUACAUCCAGGAGGUUUACCUCGCUAUUUACUGGCUCGCCAUGUCCAACUCCAUGUACAAUCCCAUCAUCUAUUGCUGGAUGAACUCUAGGUUCCGCCGUGGCUUCAAGCAGUUCUUUUCGUGCUGCCCGGGCAUCUCGGUGCCGCAGGAGCCGCUUACCCGGCGCGAGGUGGUCACCAGUAGAUACAGCUGCUCUGGAUCGCCCGAGAUGCAUUGCAGAAUCAUUCGCAAUGGCAAGAAAAAUUCAGUCCACAUUCCUCUGCAGGCAGCGGUGGCGUUGGAGGUGGGCGGCGCCUCCUCGUCGGCCCGAGGACCGCAGUACUACACAUUUCGCGGCGGGGGCCGCGGAGCCAAGUGGCGUGGCAGCCGCAGAGACGGUGACCUCGGCGAGCCCUCCUGACAAACACCUGAGGGGGUGGGGCGAGGGGGUGGCAGUCGCCAACAGACCUGGAUCUAAGAAUGUUUAAAAGGGAAGCGAAGAGAUGCUAAUGAACUGGCUCGCCGGCAGGCGGCACACAUCCACACAACUCUCAGAGAGUAAGGGAGCACAAACUUUUUUAAUGUAUUCCCUUCUGCUCCUUUUCUCUUCCUUCCACCCUUUGACGCGCGCCGAAAGGAAUUUUGCAGAAGAAAAGCUGGCUUUUCUGAUACUCAAGGGGGAGCAGCUGCGGCUCCUCGUCUUCGAAUCCUCCUUCUCCCCAGUCAGGGUGGUCGGCGGUGUUUUGUCUUGCACGCGGAAAAGACGCUGGAAUUAAUUAACUGACGCGAAACAACAGCCCCGUUUGUCAAUGUGGGCUGUGCGUUGAUGUGUAUUUUUCUCCUAGAAGGACAGAGUUUAUCAAAAUAUUGGAAAGUUUGUCAAACUGUUAGAUGCGCCAUCGAUUUAGGAAACAAAAUCUAUUUUUUAUGAGCGCAAAUUUGAUUUCUCCUGGUCCUAUAGAAACGUGCUUCGUGAUCGGGAAUUGGUAAUUUGAACUUUUGAUGUGUUCAUGUUGUAUUAUGGAACUGGAUAUCAAAUCAUAAUCAUGUUAAAAAUGUAACACUACUUCACUUUUGCAAAAAGUAUGUAUGAUCUGAUUUUCGUGAACUGGAAAAUGGUUGAAUUUGAAUUUAUAAAAGCAAACUGUGCUUGCCUUGCAUAAAGAAGCUGAAAAUGACCGUGCUAAUAGAAAAGUGUCUAUGACACUUGAAGCUGCGGUUCAGGUCUUUAAGGUUUAAUAAUUUUAAUUUUUUAAAUUACUUCAAUGCUCAAUUCCUUUUCAUUGAUGUAAUAAACACUGUUACGUAUUAACUUCAUUACAAAUGAAAAAUGUUUUAAAAGAGCAAAAGAUUCAAGACAAAAAGCAAUAGCUUCUUUGUCAACAUAAUUACGUGGGAAAAUCAAAACUCUUACUACGAGAUAGAUGUGUAAGGAUGUAGCGUUGCAAGAAGCCGUUCCUUUCAUUGUCCAUAAGUGAAAUGUUUAAGACAUAAGAAGUAAUUUGCAUUCCUCGACGAAGAUGCUUCUGAAUAUCAUUAGAUGGCACAUAUAUGUAGAUUGUGAACAUUCAAGGCAGGGUUCAGCUUUAUAGAUAUGCAUUUCAAUCAAUUUUAGCCAAAUCAUAUUUUGGCUGGUAAAAAUUGGUACCAAAUGACAAUUAAUGUUAUUUAUUUACAUACAAAAAUAAGAGGCUACCGCACGAGUAUGAAAUGCAUUGCAAGUGUGAAUAAUAUUUGGAAUUUGGACCCACAAAGGAACAGCUAUAAGAGCUUUUUAAUUUGUGCAAUUGGUGCGACAUUCUAUUGUUCCUAAUUUUAAACAAGCACAUGCCUUCCAGAUGAUCUAUUUGGCAGAAUGUAGGAAAUUGCAUCAUCUUAACAAGCGAGAUGAAUCAAGCAUUAUUUUUUUUCAAUCAACAUGCUUUUAUGGCUUGAUUUGGUGCUGUAUCAGUUUAUCUUGAUUUACUGCCAGAUUUCAAUGGUCUGUGGACAGAUUAGUGGAAAUGACGGGUUAAAUCUUAAGGAAAGAAAUUCAGUAUUGUAUGAUUUUUGAGCCCUGGUAAAUUAUAAAAAAGGUAAAACUUGCUGUAAAUGUUACUCAAAGGAGCAAAACGCUCGCAUGUGUCUGUGAUGUUCAAAUAAAUAAAAAGUUGUGGAUAAUA